AUGCUGCAAGUCGUGUGCCUCAACUCACUCCAUUCCAAGCUCAAACUCGCAGAAGAAUACCCAGGGCUAGAAGAAGCUCUUCCCUACUACUAUGGCGGAAAACACGAGGAGAGCCAUGGAAGCAUGCUCAACUGGACUUAUUUGAACUCGAUCGACAUGGGGCGUGUACAGAAGCGAAUACGAUCAACCUUUUUGAUGGUAGCGUGCAAAUUUCAAGGGCAAGACUGCAGCAGGAGUUGGCUCCUAGCCCGCUCGAAGCAGGGGUCCUGUUUGCGCUUUCAGCCGCAGAGAUUCGACAAUCUACCCUAUUCGAGGCGGUUGACGCUGUCGAUGGUUCUUGCAUUCAACAAAACCGACUGGACAGAUUGUGGAUGGAAUCAUCACUUAGAUGGAUUCACAAUAUACAUCACCGGUCGGCACGAUCGAGCACUCAUGGGCCCAGAAUACAUCAUGCUCACAGAUGUCACGAGAGGGAUACCAGUUGUGGACCUGAAACAGCAACGGAAAGUCCUUCUCGGUGAGCCCUAUUCCGAAUGCAUAAAGUCAUCGCAGUCUCUUGUGCAUUACGAAAACUACACGCAAAACCAGUGCACGCACGAAUGCCUGAUAAAUGCAGCUAAGAAUUACUGUAACUGCACAGCUACGUAUUUUCCGCCUGCAAUCAAGGAAGAGGACGGCCGUCUUCCAGUUUGUACAUUUAAGCAGCACGCGCAGUGUAUCGUCCCGUUUCAAGAAAAAUAUGACUACAGCGAUUGCGUUUGUCCGCCAGAGUGCGACGUUCGAAUCACGAAAGUAGAAGCGAUUCAAUAUGGCCACUACGCGCACGACCCUAACGCCUUGCCCGAUCUCAAACUCACCUCCGUCAUGUUCAACCUUGACAAUGAAGCAGUUAACAUCCACGAACAUCCCGAGUACACGAAAGCAGCGUUAAUGUCUGACAUUGGAGGCGCAGCUGGUCUCAUUCUCGGCAUGUCAGCUUCGACGAUAGUCGGAGUUCUUGAUUAUGUUUUGAAAGGGUUUUGA